UCGAUGAGAUCACCAACAGCGGCUUGAGGCGCCUGGGCUCGAACCCUCCCGCUGGAUUUCUUCUGAAGCCGGCCGACUGCGCCCCCCCAGCCCCCCUCACCCCCCACCCCCCACCCCCUCAGCUCAACAUGCUGAUCAAGGAGUACCGCAUCCCCAUGCCCAUGAGCGUGGAGGAGUACCGCAUCGCCCAGCUCUACAUGAUACAGAAGAAGAGCCGGGAGGAGACGUGCGGGGAGGGCAGCGGGGUGGAGAUCCUGGAGAACCGGCCGUACACGGACGGGCCGGGCGGCUCGGGCCAGUACACGCACAAGGUGUACCACAUCGGCAUGCACAUCCCCAGCUGGUUCCGCUCCAUCCUGCCCAAGGCCGCCCUGCGCGUGGAGGAGGAGUCCUGGAACGCCUACCCGUACACCCGCACGCGGUACACCUGCCCCUUUGUGGAGAAGUUCUCCAUCGACAUCGAGACCUACUACAAGCCCGACACGGGGAACCAGGUGGACGUCUUCAACCUGUCGCCUGCCGAGCGGAGGCAGCGCACGCUAGACCCCAUCGACAUCGUGAAGGACCCCAUCGCCCCCCACGAGUACCUGGCGGAGGAAGAUCCCCGGCUCUACCGGUCACUGAAGACCAAGCGGGGGCCGCUGACGGACGACUGGAUCCAGGACUAUGACAACGACCCCGGGAAGAUACCCAUAAUGUGCGCCUACAAGCUGUGCAAGGUGGAGUUCCGCUACUGGGGCAUGCAGUCCAAGAUCGAGCGCUUCAUCCACGACGUCGGACUGCGGAAGGUGAUGGUUCGGGCGCACCGGCAGGCCUGGUGCUGGCAGGAUGAGUGGUACGGCCUGACCAUGGAGGACAUCCGGCAGCUGGAGCUGGAGACGCAGCUGAUGCUGGCUCAAAAGAUGGCGCAGUUCAGCUGCCCCGAGGAGGGGGGCGAGCCCAACGGCGGUGCCCCCGCCUCCCCCGACAAGGAGCAGGACGCCAAGGAGGCGCCCGGCUCCAAGGAGGCGCCAGAGACCCCCGCCAACCCGCUGCAGAACCGCGGCGAGCUCACCAAGCAGUGGUCCACCUCCUCCCGGUCCUCCCGCUCUUCCAAGAGAGGAGGGAGCCCGUCCCGCCACAGCAUGUCGGAGUGGAGGAUGCAGAGCAUCGCGCGCGACUCUGACGACAGCACGGACGACGAGUUCUUCGACGCACACGAGGACCUGUCCGACAACGAGGAGAUCUUCGGCAAGGAGAUCACCAAGUGGAGCUCCAACGACCUGAUGGACAAGAUCGAGGCGGCCGACGCGGACGGAUCCCAGGGGGACUACCAGGAAACAGGUGGGGAGUACGCAGUGACUGGCAGCGGGGAGGGGCUCGGUGAGGACGGCUCUUCCCAGGAGCCCUUGCAGCCGUCUAAGAUCCACGUGCUCAUCCUGGUCCUCCACGGGGGGAACAUCCUGGACUCGGGGGCGGGGGACCAGAGCAGUAAGCAGGGGGAUGUGAACACCAUCAGCACGGCGUUUGAGACGGUGAUGCGCGUGCACUACCCCACCGCGCUGGGCCGCAUCGCCAUCCGCCUGGUGCCCUGUCCCGCCAUCUGCGCCGAGCCCUUCUCCCUGGUGUCCAAUCUGAGUCCCUACAGCUAUGAUGAAGGCUGCCUCUCCAGCAGUCAGGACCACAUCCCUCUGGCCGCACUGCCCCUGCUAGCCACCUCCUCCCCGCUCUACCAGGACGCCGUGGCAACCGUCAUCGCCCGUGCCAACCAGGUGUAUGGUGACUUCAUCAAGUCCUUGGAGGGGGCCACCUUCUCAGGGCAGGUGUGUCUCAUUGGCGACUGCGUCGGCGGGAUCCUGGGCUUUGACGCUCUGAGCAGCAGCUGCCAGCCGGUGUCUGAGAGCCAGAACAGCAGCCGCCGCGGAAGUGUGGCGAGCACACACGACAGUGACCUGCUGUCCCCCGGGAUCGUGAUAAACUGCUCGGGCGGUUCCCCUCUGGAGGGCAGCAGGCACCUGAGCCGCAGCAACAUCGACAUCCCGCGCUGUGGGGCGCCCGACGACCCCCGAAAACAGCUGCCCCGCAAACGCAGCGACUCCUCCACCUACGAGCUGGACACCAUCAAGCAGCACCAGGCCUUCCUGUCCAGCCUGCACUCCAGCGUCCUGCGGAACGACCCGGGGUCCCGCCGGUCCAGCAGCAGCACCAUGCUGGAGGGGGGCGCCCUCGGGAAGCUGGAUUUCGAGGUGUCCGACUUCUUCCUGUUCGGCUCUCCCCUGGGCCUGGUCCUCGCACUGAGGAAGACUGUUAUUCCCACACUGGACGUGGCCCAGCUUCGCCCUGCGUGCCAGCAGGUGUACAACCUCUUCCACCCGGCCGACCCGUCCGCCUGCCGCCUGGAGCCCCUGCUGGAGAAGAAGUUCCACCUGCUGCCCCCCUUCAGCGUGCCCCGGUACCAGCGCUUCCCCCUGGGGGACGGGAACUCCGCCCUGCUGGUGGAGACGGUCCAGAACAACCCCCAGCUCCUGCUGGAGUGUGGGACGGCCCCCCCCCUGCGCUACCAGCAGGAGGGCAUCUGCGAGACCUCCAUCCCCGUCCCGGUCCUAAACUGGCAGGCCGCGCCCCUCUCCGCGGCCGAGACGGACGUUAUUCAGGCUCACGGCGGAGUCUUCCUGGACAGCUCCUUCCCCUCCUCCCCCGUGAGCGCCUCCCACACCCGGGGGCCGCGGCGGGCCAGCGAGGCCAGCAUCGCCAGCCAGGUCUCCGGAAUGGCCGACAGCUACACUGUGUCCAACAUCGCCAACACACAAACAUGCCAACUUAAAAAUUCCAAAAAACUAAGCCUGCUGUCCCAGCUGGCACUGCCCUACAGUAAGUCUUCCUGUAGAAGCCCCUCCCCCAAGGCCCGCCGGAAAGCCGGGCAGAGCAGCGAUUGGCUGGAAGAGGCGGGGGAGGCGGGCUGCUUGGAUCAGAUAGAAAAGAGCAGCUCGGUGGGCUCCGAUUUCGGACUCGACCCCAUCUCCAACCUGCCGUCCCCGGACCUGCAGCUGGAUGCGGAGCAAGUUGCGGCUCGUUGGUGGGGCACCAAGCGCAUGGACUUCGCCCUGUACUGCCCGGAUGCGCUGACCGCCUUCCCCACCAUCGCCCUGCCCCACCUCUUCCACGCCUCCUACUGGGAGUCCACCGACGUGGUGUCCUUCCUGCUCCGACAGGUGAUGAGGCACGAGAACUCAAGCAUCCUGGAGCUGGAUGGGAAGGAGGUGUCCGAGUUCACCCCUUCCAAGCCGCGCGAGAAGUGGCUGAGGAAGAGGACUCACGUCAAGAUAAGGAAUGUAACAGCCAAUCACCGGGUGAACGACGCGGUGUUCACGGAGGACGGGCCGCAGGCGGUGGUGGGGCGCUUCAUGUACGGGCCGCUGGACAUGGUCACCCUGACGGGGGAGAAGGUGGACGUCCACAUCAUGACUCAGCCCCCCUCGGGCGAGUGGGUGUACUUCGACACGGAGCUGACCAAUAGCAGCGGCCGAAUAUCCUACUCCAUCCCAGAGGACAAGCGGCUGGGCAUCGGGGUGUACCCGGUCAAGCUGGUGGUCAGGGGAGACCACACCUUUGCGGACAGUUACCUGACGGUGUUGCCGUGGGGGACGGAGUUUGUGGUGUUCAGCAUCGACGGCUCGUUCGCCGCCAGCGUCUCCAUCAUGGGGAGCGACCCGAAGGUCCGAGCCGGAGCCGUGGAUGUGGUCAGGCACUGGCAGGAUUUGGGCUAUCUGAUAGUGUAUGUGACGGGCCGGCCGGACAUGCAGAAGCAGCGUGUGGUGGCCUGGCUCUCUCAGCACAACUUCCCCCACGGCAUCGUGUCCUUCUGCGACGGGCUGGUGCACGACCCGCUGCGCCACAAGGCCAACUUCCUCAAGGCCCUCAUCCAAGAGGCGCACAUGAAGAUUUUCGCGGCGUACGGGUCCACUAAAGACAUUUCGGUGUACACCGCCAUCGGUCUGCCCCCCUCGCAAAUCUACAUCGUGGGCCGGCCCACCAAGAAGCACCAGUGCCAGUUUAUCACAGACGGGUACGCGUCCCACCUGUCCCAGCUGGAGUACAGCCACCGCUCGGGUCCGGCCAAGACCAGCAGCAGCAGCCGCAUGGUCCUGCGCAAGGGCAGCUUCGGCCUGGGCACCAACGCCGACUUCCUGCGCAAGAGGAACCACCUGCUGCGCACCAUCUCCUCGCAGCCGGGGCCCAGCUCGCCCACGGGGGGCCCCGCCCUCGGCCCCGCCCCCGGCCACGCCCACGCCCGGCCCGAGCGCACGCAGAGCCAGUCGGAGAGCGAGCGGGACCGGGCCGAGCGCUGCCAGCGCAGCAUGAGCGUCGCCGCCAGCUGCUGGGGCCGCGGGGGCGCCGGCGGCAAGCUGGAGCCCGGGGCCCUCAGCCCCAAGUAGGCCCCGCCCCCCACCCCGCGUAUCCUCGGCAACGGGGCCGAAGAGGAGGAGGAGGAGGAGGAGGUAGGAGGGGCGGGCAGUGUGGGAGGUGUUGGCUCCGCCCCCUCAAAGCCAGAGACGAAAGGUAGGGAGAGGAGGAGGAGGAGGAGGAGGGAGAGGAUGAGGAGGAAGAGGAUAGAAGAGCGCCCAUGAGAACAAACAUACGGUGCUACAAACCUCAUCUUUU